AUGGAGAGUCCCGGUCCCUCUACCAGUCAACGCUCCUUCAAGCGGAGCUAUGUCGCAUGCGUCUCGUGCCGAACUCGCAAGUCGAGGUGCAUCGUCAAGGACAAGCCCCCGUGCAACAAGUGUGAGAGGGAGCAUCGAGAGUGUCGCUUUGAUCAUCGCCAAAGAGGACCAAAGCACCGUGAACCUCCGAAAUGGACACAGCAGGAGACGGCGACGACGUCUCGUCAACAUCCCCUUCCUGAAGUCCAGCUGCCCGGCGCGUCGCCCAAGCAGCUGGACGUGUCACUAGGCGGUUACCAGGGAGAUGCUUUAGGGUUCUCGCAAUCGCCUAACAACACGGGACAUUCCCUCUACGACCGAGUGAGAUCGAGCAUUGUGACGGGCACCAACGAUGCCCUGGAUAUUCUGUCGGAUGCAGUCGAUCGACAACGCAGUGUCGCCGCGUCAACGCCAUCCCAGCCGACCAAUGGUCCAAAAAUUACACCUGGAGGCUUCAAUGGGGUGGGCUUCACGAUCACCGCCUUGUCAGAGCCUGAAGAUUCCACCUUGGACCUGUGGGACAAGUGUCGUUUCGUGCGUCAGGGCUUGUUCACGGCUCAAGAAGCUGUCACGUACAUGGAUCUCUUCUUUGAGAAACUACAGCCUCUUUCGCCCGUCAUCGUCGACCAGUUUCGAAGCCACUCAGCUCACACACACCUCAUCCACGAAGAGGCCAUGCUAUGCUGUACCAUCCUCACCAUAGCCUCACGAUUCUUCAUGCUCCCUGGAGCCGGCGGUACUUCACGAAGUCAUAAUAUCCACCAACGCCUUUGGAGUCACUGCGAGAUGCUCAUCAAACGGAUUCUGCUCGGUCAGGAAAAGACCUCGACAGCCAAGACGAGAGCGAUCGGGACCGUCGAGAGCCUGAUGCUGAUCUCGGACUGGCACCCCCGAGCCCUGCAUUUCCCUCCGGAAACUGAUGGCUGGGAUGCACUACUCAUAUCACCUGGUUAUGAUCCUGUGAACCGUAGGAGGAUGAAUGACGAGGCUCCUCUUAUUAGGUGGAAGGACGACGUCUUUGAGCCCGCCAAGCGGGCAAAUAGAAUGUCUUGGAUGCUCUUGGGCAUGGCCAAUAACCUUGCGUACGAGCUCGGGGUUAUUUCAAGUCAAAGACCCGAAGCUUCGAGGUCAACAGAACUGCAAGUAAUCCGCAGUCUUAGGGCACAAAAGCUUCUAUACGUCUACUUGACACAGACGGCGACGAGGUUGGGCUACCCUUCCGUGUUUCCCGAGAGCAUAGCUGUUACUGCUUCGCGGCUGCCAAUGCAGAACCCGGACGAGCCCGCUCAUCGAUCUUGGAUGGCCUACAUGGAUUUGAGCCUGGAACUGACUCAACUAUCACGCACGGCGUCGUCCAUGUUCUUUCAAUCUGCUGCACAUCUUCAGAGUCAGGUUCUAGGUGAUCAUUAUGCCGACCUUUUGGAGCACUUUGCAGCAUCUUUGUCGAAAUGGCAGCAGAAAUACGACUCUGUGUGCAAAGAUAUAAACGAGCCGCUCAGAGACUCGCUUCUCAUCGAGUAUCAUCACCUCAAAGCUUGCACCGGAGCCAUCUCAAUCCAAGCAGUAAUCGCACGAGCAUCAUCCGCUGGCUUCACAACCACCAACACAGACCCAGACGAGGUCCUAUCUGCAUUCAUAACUCCAAAGGAUGCCAGGUUCUUGCAGGAGGUCAUCUCGGACAGCAAAAAGUUGCUGCGCAUCGCAACCAUGAGUGACUUUAAAGCCCAACUUCCCUACGCACCAGCCCGCGUAAAGAUCAGCGUCAUUAGCUCAUCUGUGUUUCUCCUCAAGGCGUUGAGUGUCGGUUCUACACACACUGAUGUGAACGAUGCUUUGUAUGUCUUGGAUCAGUGCACUUCUACGCUGAAUUCAUCCCCUCCCGAUGACAUGGAUUUUGCGUUGAGGUAUGCAGCCCUGAUAGAGAAGCAUACUGCCCAGUUCCGAGCUCAUCUUACCGCGAGCCGAGGACAGGGUGCUGGUGAGCAACAUGCUCGGACUCUGCCUUCUAACAGUGCUGGUGAGAACGAAACGGAGGGGGCAGAAGGGUACAUGGCAACGAUGGGCACAUCUGAAGAUGACCUCGGCUUUGUGGGCUUUGACGCGGGGGACACCUGGGUCUCGCUUCCGUUUGAUUCUAGCAUCGCACCAUUUGGAGGAGGGUGUGACCAGCUGUCCCUGGGGUUGGAUAUUGAUUCUCUCAACUUCCUCUGGAGCCUCCCUGGUCUGGGCCCGGAGUAG